AUGGAAUGUAUUGGUGGAGGAGGAAAGAAGAAAGGGGAAAAUUGUUUGAACCUUAAGGAACAAACGGCAACCACGGCGGACCAACGGCCUCCUUCAAUGGUGUUCACGGCUGCUGAACUACCAAAAUUUACUACACAUCCGGCAACAUUUAUUCCUACAGUUUUUGGUGGGCAUGUGCUAGUUUAUGAAAGUCGUUCUCAUCCGGGACAUCGCCGUGAAUUUGCCUUUAAAACUCGAUUUACUAAUCAAUCGGGUGUUAGUUCUUGCUACUACCGAUGUAUGUCAUGUCGUAGUAUGAAAAAUAAAGUACCGCCAGGACCAGAUGGUAAGCCUCCACAAAUUCCAUGUAUUGCUGUAAAAAAUGGUUUUAUUGUAAAUGAUCCUGAUUUUCCCGAGGCAAAUGAUCACUUUUGUAUUCCACCAACAAUUGAUGAAUCUAAACAACGUGAAGCAAAUGGUUUUGCUAAAGCUAUUGUUAAAGGACGUCCACGACAAAAAGCAGCUCGAAAGAAUAAUAAUACAGGCAAUAAUGGUAGUGCUAACAAGAAAGAAGCAAUAAUGGCUGCACAGUUACAAGCCUAUCAAGAAAUGAGUAAUGCAUUAUUGAAUGGUGCAGCAGGAAAUAUUUUUGACAUUUCUGCAUUUACAGGUGGUUUGGAUUUAAAUAAUGAUUUCUGCGCAUCAUCUGCUUCACAACUACUAAGUUUAGUUACUGGUGGUGUUAAAGGUGAUUUAGAUUCAACGGGUGAAACUAGUGAUUUUCUGAAAAAUAUAAAGAUGGAAGAUGAUGACAUUGAUGAUACUGCAAAAGCAACACAUUUAUUGGCAUCAUUAAUAAGCUCAGAACCUGCAUUACGAACUCCUAUGAUAGUACCUGCGAGUGCACAUAGAGCAAAUUUAGUUUCAUUAUUAGCUGCUACAUCAACAGCAGUAACGAGUGGUGUUGGUGCAGAAGAUGAACAACCAAAUACAAUUAAUAAUAGUGAUAUUCGAAGUAGUCCAGAAAGUAACACGGCUGUUGUUGUAAAUGCAUUACAAAAUACUGAUUCUAGACCUCAAUCUGUAGGUUCCUCAUCUCUGUCAAAUCUUGUGCUACCAGCAAUACCAGCAAAUAGUUCAACAAAUAGUCGAAAACGAAAGAACAAUAAUUCAAAUUUAUUGGAAAAUCAUUUCGAUGAAAUUUUCGAACGAUAUAUUUCAAAUAAUUGGGAAAUUCUUGAUAAUGGUAGGAAACCUGAAAAUAUUGCUGAACAUACUUGUGCUUUGAUUCUUUCUUUGGCUCGUAAGAUUCCACAAGCAGUCACAUCAAUGAAAGAGGGCAAAUGGACAAAGGUAGAACCAUAUGCCGAAGAGAUUUUUGGGAAGUCAUUGGCAAUCAUUGGCUUAGGACGAAUUGGUUUGGAAAUAGCACAACGUAUGCAAGUAUUUGGUAUGCGAACAUUUGGAUAUGAUCCACAAGUUACGCAAGAGGAAGCUGCUCGACAUGGAAUCAGAUGGGUUCCGCUGGAUCAGAUUUGGCCUCAAGCUGAUUACAUUGUCAUUCACGUGCCACUGAUAACAAAAACAAAAAAUUUAAUUUGUUCUUCAACAUUAGCUCGUUGCCGAAAAGGUGUAAAAAUUAUUAAUAUGGCAAAAGUUGGAAUAAUCAACGAAGUUGAUAUGCUUCAAGCCUUAAACAAAGGGCGUGUUGGUGGUGCAGCUUUUGAUAUUCAUAUGGAGGAUGCCCCACUUUUCCGUGCACUAAUCGAACAUUCAAAUGUAAUUUGUACGCCGCAUGUAGGUUCUAAUCCGUUAUACGGACACCACAGAAUUGCGAAUGAAAUCGCCGAAAAUAUCGUUUUAUUAAACAACUCAACUGGUCCUUACGGAGCUAUGAAUGCAGCAGCUGCGACAGCAGCACUGGAUGAAGCCAAAAAUCAGUGGAUUCGUGCGGUGGUGACGCUAACUCAGACUCUAGCAGUAAUUGGAAAUUCACCAAAAGCUAUUACCAUACGUUUCCCCAAUUCUCUUAUUAGUCUGCAAAAAGCUAUGCAUGCUGGCGCCAUUGUUGGGUUAAUGUAUGCAUCUGGAAACCUUGGUCCGAAUCUCAGUUUCACUGAAAUGAAUGCACGAAAGGAAGGUGUUCAGAUACGAGAAGAACCGUGUGGAGCAAAGGAAUUAAUAAUUGUUGCUGGAACACGGAGUGUUAGUGGUUAUCCAGCUCCAACCGGUACCAUAAUUUCUGCAUUCAAUUCAUGCAAAAUACCGGUGCCUUUGUUAGCUAGUGGAACAUUUAUAAUGAAUUUCUCAGACAGCCAUCCGUUCGACAUCAUUGAUGAAGAUAUAAAGGCAAAGUUGAUGGUUGAAUUCAGUUUAUUAGGUGGUGGUCGAAUUGGCGUAUUGAAUGAUUUGAGUAAUAAUGAUGUUUUGGAAUUAUCUAAAAAUUACUGUGUGAUCAAAUUCGACUGA